AUGUCUCGCCCUCGUGUUCUCAUCUGCGCCAACCCCACCACCGGCCUCGUGUGGACCAAGGAGGACUGCGCCGACAAGUUCAAGGACAUUGCCGAUGUCGUGCAGCUCGACUCGUCGUCGCGUGACGCGUUCUUCAACGACUGGGACGCAAAAUACAAGGGCGUGACUGCCAUUUACCGGCACAACGACUCGGCGUCGGCCGUUGGUUUCUUCGACAAGGAGUUCAUCGACCGCCUGCCGGGCAGCGUCAAGCUCAUCGCCCACAACGGCGCUGGGUACGACCAGAUUGACGUUGCUGCCGCCACUGCGCGCGGUAUCGAGGUCUCGCACACUCCCAAGGCUGUUGACGAGGCCACCGCCACUGUCGCUGCAUACCUCACCCUCUCGGCACUGAGGCAGUUCCACCGCGCCGAGACCAACGUCCGUUCGGGCAAGUGGAAGAGCGGGUUGAUGCCUGCCCUCGACCCCGACCAGAAGACUGUGGGAAUCGUCGGCAUGGGUGGUAUUGGCUCGGCAUACGCCCGCCGCAUGCUCGGUUUCGACAUGAAGAUCAUCUACUACAACCGCCGCGAGAUCUCACCAAAGCCCGACUUUGAGUGCACUUACUGCAGCAGCCUGGACGACCUGCUUGCCCAGUCCGACGUCGUGUCUCUCAACCUCCCCCUGAACGACAAGACCAAGAGCUCGUUUGGGCGCGAGCAGUUUGCCAAGAUGAAGAAGGGGAGCGUGCUUAUUAACACUGCGCGCGGUGGCGUCGUCGACGAGGACGCACUCAUCGAGGCCCUCGACAGCGGACACCUCUUCUCCGCCGGCCUCGACGUGUUCCCAGACGAGCCCAACGUCAACCCCCGCUUGGUCGCCAACGACAAGAUCACCCUCCUCCCCCACAUGGGCACUGAGACCAAGGACACCCAGCGCAAGAUGGAGCUGCUCGUCCUCGACAACAUUGCGUCGUGGAUCCAGGGCAAGGGCCUCCUCACCCAGGUCGCUGAGCAGAAGUAG